AAAACACAUACACACACAGAGAGAGUUAAAUUAAGGUGAAGUAGGUAGGUGUGAAGAACAUACAUGGGUGAGAAUGAGAUGGUGGAUGGAUUUAAACAAGCACAAGUUGCAUUAGGAAACAGGUCGAUUGAUAUAAUGAAUGGUGAUGGUGAUAUCGCAUGCCAGUGCAUGCUGGAUUACAAUUCCACUACUCCUGAUUCCAAUGAACACCAGAAUGGAAUCCUCCAACCACCAGACGAUUGGCUUCCCAUCACCCAAUCAAGAAAAGGGAAUUCAUGGACGGCUACGUUUCAUUUGCUUUGCUCUGGAAUCGGGAUCCAAACACUCUCUCUCCCCCUCGCCUUUGUAUGCCUUGGCUGGUUUUGGGGGUCUUUGUGUUUGUCUGUGGCUUUUGUAUGGCAGCUCUACACCAUUGGAUUGCUAAUAAGUCUUCACGAAUCCGUCCCCGGGACUCGUUACAGCAGAUAUCUUCAACUUUCGAUGGCUGCGUUUGGUGAAAAAUUGGGGAGAGUUGUAGCCAUUUUCCCAGUGAUGUAUCUUUCAGGAGGUACUUGUGUGUUUUUUAUAAUCAGUGGGGGUGGAACCAUGAAGCUUUUUUAUCAACUCAUGUGUGGAGAUUGCUCUUCCAAACACCCCUUGACUACAACAGAAUGGUCCUUGGUUUUCAUUUGUUUGGCAAUUCUUGUGUCCCUCGUAACUCCCAGCUUGCAUUCCCUAUCUCUCGUCUCGUUUCUUGGAGCGAUCAUGGCCGUUGGAUAUUGUACGACGUUAUGGGUAGUUUUCGUUGCUAACAGAAGGCUAGACAACACUGUUUACGAUCCAUCAGAAGCUGUUGGCUCAGAAGCUGAUCGAAUUCGAAGCAUCUUGAAUGCAGUUGGGAUCAUUACCCUUGCAUUUAGAGGCCAUAAUGUUGUAUUAGAGAUACAGGGUACCUUGCCAUCAACCCCAAAUCGCUCAUCAUCAAACAUCAUGUGGAAAGGAGUGAUAGCAUCAUAUCUCAUCAUUGCAAUGUGUUUCUUCCCUCUUGCCAUUGUUGGAUAUUGGGCCUUUGGAAACAAGAUUCCGGCCACCGGAGGAAUGUUAACUGCUCUCUCCACCACCCUCCACCACCACGUGUCAAAACCGGUGCUUGGCCUCGUAUACGUCCAAGUCGUCAUAAGUUGUGUGACUGCUUUCCAAAUUUACAGCAUGGUUGUCUACGACAACUUGGAGCGUGCAUACGCAAGCCGAACAAGCCGGAAAUGCCCAAAGUUAGCCCGUGUAGGAAUCAAGAUUUUCUUCGGAGGUCUGACCUUUUUUAUAUCGGUGGCAUUCCCAUUUCUGCCAAGCUUGGCGAUGGUGAUCGGAGGGAUUGCGCUACCUUUGACGUUGGGGUACCCAUGUGUCAUGUGGAUUGCGAUCAAAAGACCACCACCAAAAUCAGGAAGCUGGUGGCUCAACCUUGGGCUUGGUUGUUUAGGCAUAGGGCUGAGUUUGGUGGUAGUCGGUGGUGCUGUGUGGAACUUGGCUUGUACAGGCUUAGAUGCCAACUUCUUCCAUCCACGUUGA